AUGUCGGUAGAACUCAACAACAAUCCGCUGUCCGCCGAGAAGAUGAGCCGCGCCGCAGGAAACGAGGUUGGGGGAAACUGGGAAACCGGACCUGGGGUCAUUUCGAGUCGGAAUCCUCAAGGGAAUUCGGAGCCUAGACGCAUCAGUGCUCGCCCGAAAUUGGCCAGAUGCCUCAGCAACAGCACCAUCAGCCUCGAUAACAGAACGCAUCCAGAAUCGGAAGAUCUUCCAACAGUCCCUUGCUCAGCGCCGUCCGCAAUUUUGGGACAGCAAGAUGCGGAGCACAGCCAUGGAAGUGGCGGGAACCCAUUGCCAUCUUACACUCAUAGUCUCAGAACCUCUCAGAAGGGGGUUGUUGCCUCUGUCCUACACUCGUUGCGUCCUGCUGUUAGCGCAAAGAAGCACUUAGGUGACACUUUGACCCCAGCUUUGGGGGCCAAUCGGAACGAUACGGACGCCCCUGGCUCCCUGCAACAAAGGAAUAAAACGCAAGACAGUAGGCGUGUCCGCCAGCAUACAAAAAGGCUGGAACAGGCGACCAGGCGGCCGGUACAAGCAUCCAGGGAACCACCAACCUUUUCUUCGAAAGAAGGAUGUUGCUUACCUGCAGCUUGGGGUGGAGAGACUUGCGGCGGCGCGUGCGUCGAUGCAGAUAGCAUCGCAUUUACUAAGAUCCUGCCAGAUCCAGCCGUUCCGGGACGACCCCAGUGUCAUGUAGAGCCUACUACGGCAAGCACGGCCCCGCCCACAACGAUUGGUCAAUCGCGCCCAAAUAAGGCCUACGCGCGGCGGUUCUGUCGGGGUAAGUCACGACCGGAUAAAGCUCAGCAUUCAAAUGGAUUACGGCAAGACAGGCGUGCGUCCCCUGCUGGAGCUGAUGUGGCUUCCACCUCGGAAGGCCACUCCCAGGGAUUGGUACACGCAUAUCAAGAUGCUAGAGACGCAGCGCUCCCCCAGGACGCUGAGUCGGACAAACCGACACUGAGCCACAAUUUCAGAUACAGACGCAGCACUGGAACAUGGCUGCCGUUGACCCACGCAGCCGGACGCAGCGGAAGGACUCGUUCGGCGGGAGGCAACUCUCAGCGAUCAAGGAACACAGCAUGUACAGUCUCAAGCGUCAACAGCACACAAAGUGUUAGUGGCGGGGAUGCUGAAGUUCCGCAACAAGACCGUUCGUCUUCAAUGCGCUACGCCGACGGCAAAUCACAACCGAGACAAGCUUUUGACUCCAGCAGUACCGGCAACAACACCAUUUUCACUCAUCCUGAAGAUCAUGCUGCACACCCAGGUUUCAACUCAGGUUACUCAUGUGACUCGCUAGCAUCAGUUGUAGAUCCUGUUCUGAUGAUGAACUGCUCCUUUGGACCAGCUGCUGCUGCGGAGCACAAUAGAAGGGGGAAUGACUCGAAGGAGCAUGUCGGCGAAGUGAGCAUAGCGUCACAGCUGCAGUCAGCCGAGUCAUUUCUGUCAUUACCAGAUAGGAACACAACUCCAGAGGAAGAAAUCUUCGCCGAUGACACCACCGUGGUGUCAGCCCGGAAACAGCAAAAGUAUUUGACUGCCGCAGAGGAAAUACCCCGGCAGCUUUUGCCUCCGAAGAAUAGCCCUCAGUGCGCGCUACACCUGCCAGUGGCGGCGAAGCUGAGAGACGAUGUAGUUAGGGUUGUAUCGUCUACGCGACAAGACGCUGCGUGCAGCCGAGAAGAAACCUCAGCACCACUACGCAGCGGGGUUACGCCUGAAGCUGGAGAAGGAAAAGCGACGUCGUUAGAAAGCGAGAGACAUGCAGUAAAGAAGCGGCCGCAGAAGCCUGCCGAAAACGGCACUAGCGAGGAAACCACGCCAUUCACUCUUCAAGAAACUGUAGAAUCUCCCAUCGAACCAUACCUCCGUCCGUGCACCUUGAAAGACUUGCCUUCAAAUCCAGCAACGUCGGUCCAACGUCGGACAGGGCUGCCUUGUGCGAGGCCCAACAGCAGUGGCUUGAGUAUUUUUAAGAUUUUAAGACAAGUAAAUGGCGCGGAUAUGCGCAAUUUUGCCCUCCCGAUCAGCGUCAAUGAACCGCUUUCCAUGUUACAGAGAAUCUGCGAGGAUUUCGAGUACUCGCACCUUCUCUCCAUCGCGCGCACCAGGGAUACGUCAACCGAGCGACUUGCCAACGUCACCGUCUUCGCGCUCUCAGCAUAUGCGGGCAGCAUGGACCGCUGCUACAAGCCUUUCAAUCCUAUGUUGGGAGAGACGUUUGAAUGCACACAUCGAGGAAUUAACUUCAUUGCGGAGCAAGUGUCUCACCACCCACCUGUCUCGGCGUACCAUGCAGCUGCACACAACGGCGAGUUCGUCUGUUUCGGAACCGUCGCUCCUGUACUGAGCAUUCAGGGGACGCACGUCGAUUGCUGCAACUCGGGCACGGUGACACUACGGCUCUUACUGCCUGGCGGAGGAUUCGAGGAUUACACGUGGUGCCGCCCCAGCACCCGCGUCCACAACAUCCUCUUUGGGACAAUGUGGAUGGAGUGGGUCGGCGACCUGACGGUCACUAACCUCACAACGCGCGAGAACGCGCGCGUUUCGUUCCUGCCUGCGACUUCGUCGCCUCAUUCCAAGACGUCUGGUGGUUCAUGGCUAUCGUCUUUCCAGUCGGAAGUCCCACCAACUAGGCCAUCCCCUCAAACGUGUAGAGAUCACGAAAGCAACUCCCGAACUGUUUCCGCCGCUGCAUCGUUGCGUAUAAAACGAGGCCGCUUGGGCCGGCGAACGGACUCGUGGCUUUGCAAGGAAUGCGACGGAAGCAACGGGCUGCGCGCGGAAGUGCUGGACAAGUCCGGUAACCCUCGCUUUUUCAUUGAUGGCUGCUGGAGUAAGCGCUUGUGGAUGACUAGGCUGGGAAAAAACAGUUAUGAGGAGUGCAAGAUGCAAAAAGGGACGCUUUCGCACUGCGAGAGACCGGAUCAAGGCAAAAGGGACAGCUCCAUGCGCAGCUUCAGCCGUGGCAGACGUCGCGUGUCAACCCCCAAGUGGGUCGCCCGACCCCCACCGAGACUGAACAAACAAGGAUCACGGAGCCUUCCGCCUCCGCGAGGGACUUCGCGCCACGGCACAGAGUGCCCAGAUGGCAGCAUCAAACAGCAACUCGUAGGACCUGAAACUGCAGAUCAUUUUGGUUCCGAUGAACACCAUCUCGUGAGGACUUGCCCGGAGCCAACAGAAACAGGAGAACACCACAUUUCCGAACAGGGGAAGGUGAAGGAGGUCGAGAAGGCGGACGAUCCGGGUAGCGACGAUGACACGCUCUUUGUAGUUUGGGAAGCGACACCGAAGCCUGCCAGCGCGACUCUGUACUACAAUAUGCCUGCAUUCGCCCUGGAGCUGAAUGAAAUUGCUGAGGACUAUCGGCCUGUCUUCGAUACAAACCGCGACGCCAGAGAAACCGGCCCCGCUCCCACUGACUCGCGCUUCAGACCUGACUUGCGGAAAUACGAAGAAGGUGAUUCCGCGGGCGCGCAAAUGGAAAAGCUGCGUCUUGAAGAGAAGCAGCGCGCUGCGACUCGCUCGCGGGACGGCGGCGAAGCAGCAUGGCAGCCGCUAUGGUUUGAAAGGGGCAUUAGUAUGGUGACGGGAGUUGAAGAGUGGCUGUACAACGGCCGCUACUGGGAGGAGCGGUGGCGGCCGCUCUCAGCUUCAAUGGAAAGGAGUACAGCGAGCAACGGCAGCUGCCACACUUCGGGACAAGGGCGUUUUGCUAUGUGCCCCGACGUAUACUAA